AUGGAGGUCCAACACAGAGAAUUUUCCACAGGCCCUUCUUCAGUUAUCAGCAAUGACGACGAUUCGGCAAGUCCCCUUCAUCACAUCUCUAAUGGAAGCAACACACCAUCUUCUUCUGAGGGAGGCCCGGAUGCAGUGAUUAUUGGAAUGACAAAGAUUCCUGUAAUUGAAAAUCCUCAAUACUUUGGAAUUACAAACAGUCAACUCAAGCCUGACACAUUUGUCCAGCAUAUCAAGCGCCACAAUAUUGUCCUCAAGAGGGAGCUGGGAGAAGGAGCAUUUGGCAAAGUCUUCUUAGCUGAAUGUUAUAACCUAUGUCCUGAGCAGGAUAAGAUCUUGGUUGCUGUAAAGACUCUGAAAGAUGCCAGUGACAAUGCCCGCAAAGACUUCCAUCGAGAAGCAGAACUACUGACUAAUCUACAGCAUGAACAUAUUGUCAAGUUUUAUGGAGUGUGUGUAGAAGGAGAUCCUCUCAUCAUGGUCUUUGAAUACAUGAAACAUGGAGAUCUCAACAAAUUCCUUAGGGCGCAUGGACCUGAUGCAGUUUUGAUGGCUGAAGGGAGUCAUUUAGCUGAGCUAACCCAAUCCCAGAUGCUGCACAUUGCUCAGCAGAUUGCAGCUGGUAUGGUUUACUUAGCAUCACAGCACUUUGUGCAUCGUGACCUGGCUACUCGGAACUGCCUGGUUGGGGAGAACCUACUGGUGAAGAUUGGAGAUUUUGGGAUGUCAAGAGAUGUAUAUAGCACAGAUUACUACAGGGUUGGUGGCCAUACUAUGUUACCUAUUCGUUGGAUGCCACCUGAAAGCAUCAUGUAUAGAAAGUUCACCACGGAAAGUGAUGUCUGGAGCCUUGGCGUUGUUCUCUGGGAAAUCUUUACCUAUGGCAAACAACCGUGGUAUCAGCUCUCAAACAAUGAGGUAAUUGAGUGUAUUACUCAGGGCCGCGUCCUACAGCGACCUCGUACCUGCCCAAAGGAAGUAUAUGACCUGAUGCUUGGGUGCUGGCAGCGGGAGCCUCAUAUGAGACUCAAUAUCAAAGAAAUCUACACUCUCCUUCAGAACUUGGCCAAGGCCUCUCCAGUCUACCUGGAUAUUCUAGGGUAGAAACUCCUGGCACUUCCUUGUAUGAAGUGUGUGAAUGAAUGUUUCCGUUGCAACUAAACUCCAUUACAAUGUGUUAUUAACUCUGGCAGUAUUAAAUACAAAGAUACGGAGAAGCUUUCAAAGGGCAAGCUGUGUGCAUCUCUUCCUCUGUAAACACAGUAUUGACGUUGUGACUUUACUGACAUAUAUCUCUUCUCCCCUUCUGUUCUCUUUCCCCCCAAUUUCUAUUCAACCAGGCUUCUGCAUUAUUAUAACUCUGCAUAGACAAAGGCCUUAACAACCUGAUCUGUUUUAUCAGCAGAUACUCGGUUUUGCUCAUCACAGCUUAAAUGCCUUGUUGUCCUUUUGCCUUUGAUCUGGAUAAAAAAGGGAAAAAAAGACUCAAACCUUGUGACUUCUUCUGUAUGGAUAUCUGGAACAUCUAUGGAAUUGCCUCUACUUUAUUUGCUUUGACAUCUGGGUUGAAAAUGGAAGUGUCAAGUGCAAUAGACUGGCAUUCUCUAUGGGAAUAAUUAUUUUAUUUCUAGUUGAGGUCAAGCUAAAGGGGAAAAAAAAUCAGUCGGCAUCUUAUGUAAACUUCUCUUUUGAAAAACGAUCAGAUCAGAUGGCAUCCAAUGUAACAUUUUACAAAAUAAUGUAAUUAUUUCACGAAAGAGUAGGAACCUGGUGCUUUGCCUUGGGAGACAUACAGGAAAGUAAAGGCAUUGUUCCUGUUGCGAACUUUUUUUUAAUAUUGAAUGGGGCUUCUGUGUCAACUAGACUGAAAAGUAAAGGUCUUGUUCACAUUUCCCAGAACUGUAUCACUUUAUGCACAAUUAGGAUUCCCCAACUUCACCUUGCCAUAGUUUCUACUGAUGUCACUACUACAAAAAUUCCCUAGUUAGUUUUUGAUAAUGCAAGUGCAUGGUUGGGUAUAUUAAAGUGCAGAAUAGUUUCUAGGGCUCUUUUGAAAACAGGGCUGUAAUACAGCAGCAUUAGUCAAAUAUAUUAUGCCUCAAAUAUGAUGUCUCUGGUUGGGUUGGAAUGGAAUUGAAACCCUACACAUCUGGUGGUAUUAGUUUAGGAUGCCCAAGAUGUGGGAAAAGCUAGACAUGGAUAAUAUAGAGGUGGCAACAUGAUGUUUUAUCAGCACUUACUGAUCCUUGUCCUCCUAUUCAUCUUCUGUCUAUCCUUGUCAGGCACAAGCAACCAGAACCACUCAUAAAUAGCUGAAGUAAACAACUUUAUUGAUUUCUACCUAUAUUACAAGAUUUUCCCCAGACUGCCUUCCCCUGGGAAUGACCAGAGCUUCAUGAAACUUGGGUGGAGAUCAAUCUAUGACUCUUGUGGCUGUACAAGGACUCUAAGCUAGGCCCCUGCUUGAUCUCUCCUUCCAGCCGACCUGGCAAUUUCCCAACAAUCUUUUCCCCAAACUUAGCAUACAUUUUUAUCAGUUAAUACUCCACUAUUCAUUCUGAAUAAAGUCCCACAUCUCAUUGCACACUCAAGUAAGCAUAAUAAAUUCCUAUAUUUAAUUGUAAUAAAACUGCUGCUGUGAAACAUAUGUAUUGUUACAUGUGCAAUAGGGUCAUGCAACAAUAUUGAAUAUUUAUUACUGAUGUGAAAUAGGACAUAUUUAAGAAACUCUGGAGAAAAGUCAGCAAAAAUAAGAAUGAGAACCAGUUACUGGUUGAUCAGAUAAUCGGAUAUUGAAUGUUGAGAAUGGCCAUCCUUUCAUUUAGGAGUGAAAGGUAUUAUACUAUAUAGCUAACAAAACAUAUUACAUAUAGACUUGGAAGGUUUAGGAUAUACAUGUCAAGUUAUUUUUAUUAUAAGAUAUCAUGAUGAAAUAAAUUCAAAACUGCUACAAAAAUGUGGAGGGGAUAUUUUAAAUCACUAAAGGAGAGCAUCAAUAUAGAGCUCCUAAAUGUUUUGUAAUUGUAAUAUUAUUUUAAAGACUUGACACUUAUUUUUCUAAUUGUUUCCAGAAUAAUUUUAAAUGUGUUUGACUUACAUUUCUUCUUUUAAUGCACCCUUUUGCAAUCUAGAAAGAUGUUGAUCUU